AUGUCUUUGUUUACCUUCAAUAAGCUUAAUAAACCGAUAGGGGAGUUUCGUUUCACCAUUCAGCUGGCGAUCUUCGCUACGAUGGGUUCCAUAGAGAAGCGCUACGUCACCACCAUCAGCGGAAGGCUGGACAGGAGGAAGAGCUCGCUGAGCACCAACGGGAAGCGCAUCAGGAAGUAUUGCAGGGAGUAUUGCGAGUACACCGGCAUACACGGCAUGCGAUACUUCGGCGAGAAGAGGAGCGCUUUCGAAAAGAUUUGCUGGGUGGCCGUCUUCGUGACCAGCCUGCUGGUGUGCCUAGCGGUGAUUUACCAAACGUACAGGAAGUGGCAACACCAGCCGCUGAUGGUGAAUUUCUCGUCGAACGAGAGGAACAUCAACGAGAUCCCGUUUCCUGCGGUGACCAUUUGCCAGGAGACGCGGGUGUCCAGGAGCUUCUUCAACUACUCGAGAGCGCUGAGGAAUUACGUUUUCGAAGGGAAAGCGGACGCUGACGAUUUGAAGAAACUGCGGUAUAUGUCGCUGCUAUGCGCAGCAGGGAAGAUCUUCAAGCAUAAAAUACCCAACGUGACGACCAUAGAUGAAGAUUUCUACAAGUUUCUAGCAGAUGGAGCCACUCAAUUCCUGGAGUCUUGCACCUGGAUGGGCGAGAAGAUGAGUUGCAGGGAGAUUUUCCGGCCGAUCGUCACCGACGAAGGGCUGUGCUACACCUUCAAUAUGCUGGAAAACGAUGACAUCUUCAGCAACGUCUCGUUCGUUCCGAACUUCAACCAUCCCACCGCUUCUGACGGUUUGUACAGCAACACGAAAUUAUGGUCGGUCGAUAACGGUUACUCGGACGAUGCCCCGGUGCACACGUACCCGAGAAGAGCCCUGCUGUCCGGCUACACCAACGCCCUGGUGGUGAAUUUGAAGAUCAACAUUUCGGAUAUCGAUUACGCUUGCACCAGCUUCCAGGGAUACCAAGUGGUUUUGCACCAAGCUAUUCGGUAUCCCAUAGUGCAGAUCCACCACUUCAGGGUGCCCAUUCGGAAGGCGGUGAUAGUGGCGAUUUCGCCGACGCAAAUGGAGAAUUCCGAGGAGGUGAACGAUUACAGUUUGGACAAACGGGAUUGCUUCUUGCAGGGCGAGAAAAUGCUGAAGUUCUUCAAGAAUUACACGCAGAACAACUGCGAAUUGGAGUGCGUGGCCAACUUGACGUUGUCCAAAUGCGGUUGCGUGGCCUUUUACAUGCCGAGAGAAAAUUCCACGAAGAUAUGCGGUAAUCAAAGAAUGGAUUGCAUCACUACAGUUAAAAAUAAAAUGAACACGAGGAAACUGGAAUUAUCGUUGGACGAGGAUCGGUGCAACAGACGGAGAAAUCCGCACAACGAAUGUAAUUGCUUGCCGAUGUGCGCGCAAAUCAAUUACGACACGGAAAUUACCGAAAUCGAGUACGACAGGCGCAAGGAAUACGAAUCAUUGGAGAUGUGCAAUUCCACCGAGCAAGACCAUCACGCCUGGUCUCAGCUGGUGAUCUACUUCAAGAGCAGCUAUUUUAUACCGCACGUGAGGAGCGAAUUGUACGGACAUUUGGACUUUUUGGCUAACGUCGGGGGCCUCUUGGGCCUCUUCAUCGGCUUCUCUUUGCUGUCCCUAUUCGAAAUCAUCUAUUUCGCUUCGGUCCGGAUUAUAUGCAACACUAAGAUGUACAAAAAAUGGUACGGGGAACACAACAAUUAG